UUUCUUCACUAUAAACACACAGGGGAAAAUGUUUCCCUUUCUCGGCCAUUCUGAUGUAAAAUAUAUAUUUUUGCACACAGUCAGGUUCUUCCAACUAAUUAUCCCGUUUUUCUGAGUGACAAAAUAGGUCUUCACUUGGCCCGAAGCGACAUCAUACCAGGUGGGAGAUGAGCGCAUAUUUUAUGCAAAGGAAGUACAUUCCCACUUGAAACGUGCAUUAGAGCGCAGACACCCGAAUAAAUUUGCGGGUUUUACGCCUACCUGUGAAUCGAAAAGUACCCGACACUUCGAUGCGGAGUAAAAAUGUACAGUUGUUACCAAGGCCAAUAGAUUGUAUUACUUUUGCACUAAAACGUUAGCAUUGAUUGUCCUCACGGAAUCUGCUGGUCCAUGGGUUUACUUUUCUGCCCAAGGUCUGGCUACAUUCCAUCACCCCCGGGCUGUAGUAUCCUUGCUGCCAGAUUAAAAUCGCUGUGCUAUUGGAAUUUGGGUGUUUUAGUCAGGACGUGCUUGUCACCUCUGCCUCUGGUGUUUCAGUCUUGAAUCUAUCUGCCAGAGAGACGACUAUGAAGAGGACACUCUCAUCAUGACGAUACCAUUAUCUCGGACUCAACUAGCCCUGUUUUUCAUCCUCCUGUGUCCGGUCAAUAUCAUUGGGUUAUGGUGGGCAGUGGGGAGCCCUCUGGUCAUGGACCCCAAUAGUAUCUGUCGGAAGACCAAGCGACUUGCGGGCAAGCAGGCUGAGCUGUGCCAGAACCAGCCAGAGAUCGUCCACGAGGUCGCCAAGGGUGCCAAGCUGGGUGUGCGGGAGUGCCAGUACCAGUUUCGUUUCCGCCGCUGGAACUGCACCAGUCAGAACAAGUACUUUGGCAAAAUACUCCAACAAGACAUCCGGGAGACAGCGUUUGUGUACGCCAUCACAGCGGCUGGGGUGACCCACACGGUGACUCAGGCCUGCAGUAUGGGGGAGCUGCUGCAGUGUGGCUGUGAGGCGACCAGGAGCAGGGCUCCCCCCCGGCCUGCCUCCUCCUCCACCACCACCUCUGGCGAGGGAGUCAAGUGGGAGUGGGGCGGCUGUGGAGACGACGUGGAGUUUGGCUACGAGAAGUCCAAGCAGUUCAUGGAUGCCAAGAGGAAAAAGGGCAAGAGUGACAUCAGGACGUUGAUCGAUCUCCACAACAACGAAGCAGGACGACUGGCGGUGAGGAAUUAUAUGAGGACUGAAUGUAAAUGUCAUGGCCUGUCCGGGUCUUGCACACUCCGGACCUGCUGGAAAAAGAUGCCUCACUUUCGCGAGGUGGGUGAUCGCCUCCUCGAGCGGUUCAAUGGCGCUUCCAAGGUGAUGGGAGGCAAUGAUGGCAAGACCCUGGUUCCCGUAGGCCAGAACAUCAAGCCUCCGAGCAAACAGGACCUGAUCUACUCGGCCGAGUCGCCCGACUUCUGCUCGCCCAAUAGGAAGACGGGCUCGCUGGGCACGCGGGGCCGCAUGUGCAACAGCACAGCCAUGGACGUGAGCGGCUGUGACCUGCUGUGCUGUGAGCGUGGCUACCGAGACGAGACGGUGGUGUUCGAGGAGAACUGCCUCUGCCGCUUCCACUGGUGCUGCGUGGUGCAGUGUAAGAAGUGCUCGGUGAGGAAAGAACUCAGUCUCUGUCACUAGCAUUACCAUAGUGAAGCUGGGUUGGCUCCAGGCCUGGCCUCUUCUGCCUCACACGAAAGAUGCACUGAGAUCAUGCUCCCACAGUUCAAUUCAGGAGCACGCUGAGAGAUUAGUAUCUUAUCUAGGAUCAUCUUGGACAGACAGCUGCAGUAACUCUUCUCUCAAGCUGUAGAACAGUCCAGAAUGGCCGCUACUCCAGUGCUCACCACAUAGAGCUCUAUGACCCAGAAAUGGAGGCUCUUUUAGGUUCUUUUUCUAGAAACCCACCGGAGGAACUUACCCAACAACUGUUCCAGCUCUCCAGAGUGGAAUAUUGAAGGUCACACCUAAGGUUAAAAGUUCAAAUUCAGCUCUGAGAACACUCUAGAACUGAACGGUUCGGUCCCAUCUCAUAGAAGACCAUCAGACAGCUUGGUACCAUUCUCAGUCGUCGGUACGGAGGUCGUUGCCUCUAAAGCAGUGGUUCCCAAACGUGUUUGCGCAGUGACCCACACACCAGAAAAUAGCAUAACAACUGUUUCUAGCCUCAAACCCAAUGCCAACGCCCUCUAGGAACAUGCUUACAACCCACAAUUAGGGAAACACUCUUCAUAGUCAGUUAACCAUGUAACUACAAGUGAGGACUAUUGUAACAAAAGCAUAAUGACUUUUGAGUGUGGAAAAUAAGACUUAUGGUCUUGGUAACAAGACAGCAAGCACAUCAGCAUGCUACGUUUCUACACACGGUAACUGGAAUGUGAUGGAAGAAAGGAAAAUGGACACGCACAAUGUGGAAUACAGGUAUCAAGCACAAAACGUAUGAAAAAGGGAAAUCUGGGGAUUAUUUGUUUGGAGGACGAACCCCAUCACGUUUCAUGGUGAGGAGCUGAACUGACACCCGAGACUAUUAUUUAUGGACAUUUUAUGACAAGACUACUCAUAGUGAUAAGGUGUGGAACGUGCCUACCGUCUCUCUGAAAAGCACUUUGAACAUGGGAGCUAUCUCUGUGAACCAUAUGUUACGUUGGUUGUUGUCUGAGUGGUUUGCAAAUGGAGAAACGUGUUACAACUUUCUUUUUUUUUCGUACGAGGUGCAGUAUCGAGAAAGUAUAAUAUUAUGUGUAUCUGUUUAAUAUACAGGGCUUUUGUAAUGCACUUUCAAUUAAAGCAUUUGCUGCGUA